AUGAUCCUCGAUACCAGUCAAUCCAAGCUGUACUCCGAAAGAGAGGAGUGGUCCGACGUGACACCCAUUGCGCAGUAUGAAGAUGUAACACCCCUUGCGCCGAUCUUCUACGCCGAUGAAUACAGAGACGCGACGGACUACUUUCGCGGAAUCGUACGAGCUGGCCAGAUGAGCCCUCGUGUGCUCGAACUGACGGAGCACAUCAUCAACCUCAAUCCCGCACACUACUCGGCAUGGCAGUACCGGUACAAGACGCUGAUCUCGCUCAAAUCACCUCUCGACGAUGAGCUGAAGCUCAUGGACGAGAUCGCGCUCCGAUUCCCGAAGACGUAUCAAGUUUGGCACCAUCGUCGACUUCUCCUCACCGCACUUCGCUCGUCCUCCCCGACGUCAUCAGUCGAUAACGCUAAGUCGGAGCUUGGGUUCAUCGCGCGCUGCCUCGACGAUGAUGCGAAGAACUAUCACACGUGGUCGUAUCGCCAGUGGCUCCUCGCACACUUCAACGAGGACGCGUUAUGGGCGGGGGAGAUGGAAUGGGUGGAAGGAAUGUUGAGGGACGAUAUCCGGAACAACUCCGCCUGGCACCAUCGGUUCUUCCUCGUGUUUCAGUCUGGCGCGCGAACGGGCGACGAAGACAGAGAGGCAGUUCUACAGCGCGAACUCCGAUACGUCAAAGACGCGAUCGGACUCGCCCCGAACAACGCGUCCGCAUGGAACUACCUUCGCGGCGUCCUCGACCACACGAACACCUCAUAUGAUUGCGUGCGGAUCUUCGUCGAGCCGUACACCGUCGCACGUUCUUCAGCCGACUACGACGAAGUUAUUGAUCUGGAUGAUCCCAGACCGCAGGCUGGGGCGCAACUACCUUGCCCGGCUGCCAUCGAGUUUUUGGCCGAUACGCUGGAACAAGAGGGUGGGGAGGACAACGUGAAGCGUGCUGCUGCUCAUUACAAAUCCUUGGGCGACGAAUACGACACGAUUCGCAAGAAAUACUGGGAGUAUCGGAUCAAGGAGGUAUUGGCCGCGGCGUAG